UCGCACCAUCCCCCAGACCUCUCCUGUGCCACGCUAUGACGGAACAUAUGGAAUUCAACACCCUACUUUAUAGACCUCAGUCGGCCCGCGACACCGGUGUUGUUGAACUGAGUGGGUUCCUUGGCACCAAGAUUCACGGACUGAGCACUGAUGUUCAAUGCGAGACUCUCAGUCAACACAGAUCCAUCACAAUGACGCAGUUCCUGACAUAAACGUCAUAUCAUGGCACACUGUCUCUAUAUAAGGGGGUAAUUCCCCUGGGAGGAUUAGAGAGGACAAUUUGUUCUAAUAAGAAAGGGACAUUCUGAGGCACCCUAACCCACUAUCUUGAUCCUUCAUUUGUGUGGUCACUCUGGAAUCGUGACUCCAAUUCAAGCUUCAUUUCAUAC